UGAUGGAGGCAUUAGCAUCAAUCCUCAAAGAGAAAGUAUGGGAUCCAUACAUGGGACUCGAGGAAAAAACAGAAACCCUUAGUAGUAAGAUUAAAGUGUUGAUUACUCGUAGUAAGGAUGUCAUGGCUGAAACAAAAGAUGCAGAACUCCAUUCAAGUAAGAAACGGAAGACAGAGGUCGACAAUUGGCAGAGCAACGUACAAAAACUAGAGGAUGAGUUUAAAUGCUUUGAGAAAGAAGUAGAACAGAGCUCUAAGUUUUCACGCAUAGGGUUGUCAAAUCGUGCUGAUAAAAUUCAUAAAGAAGUCGAAGAUCUGGUAGACGAAGGUAAUUUUUCUGAGGGGAUUUUGCUCAAUAUAAAUGAAGAAAAAGUGCAGCCUUUAGUGACAACAAACUUUAAAGGCAAAGCAUUUGAGCAGAGUCUAAAGAAGGUGGUAGAGUACUCUUUAAGCGAAGUUUCUAAAAUUGGCAUUUGGGGGAUGGGGGGUGUGGGCAAAACGACCCUUGCCAAGCAUAUCCAUAACUAUCUCCUCAAAGAAUCAAGAUUCUCAGGUCAUGUUUAUUGGGUCACCGUAUCACAAGAUUUUAGCAUUGCCAAAAUGCAAAGAAACAUUGCCAAAACAUUCGGUAUAGAGCUUUCAAGUGAGGAUGACGAAGAGAAGAUGGCAGCCCAAUUGUUCGAGAGAUUGAAGAGGAUUAGAAGCUUUGUGCUCAUAUUGGAUGAUGUAUGGACUCAUUUUGAUGUAAUGAAGGUAGGAAUUCCCUUGGAGAUUGUUGGGGGUAAAAUGAUCAUAACUAGUCGAUCAAGUCAGGUGUGUGACAGGAUUGGCUGCCAAAAGAAAGUGAAAGUACCAACUCUUUUGAUGACUGAAUCUUGGGAAUUAUUUGUGGAAACACUUGGUCACAGUGGAGAUCUCCCAAUGGAAAUAGAAGAAAUAGCAAAAAGAAUGACAAAGAAAUGCGACGGAUUGCCACUGGGGUUAAUUACUAUGGCUGCAAGUAUGAGAGGGGUGAAUGAUGUUUUUGAGUGGAGGGACGCAUUUGAAGAAUUCACAGAAUCUUGUAUGCAAAUGGAGAGCAUGAAUAACGAAGUGUUUUCGGUUCUCCGCUUUAGCUAUAAUCGGUUAAGGGAUUCAAGAUUACAAAAGUGUUUCCUCUAUUGUUGCUUAUUCCCUGAAGACUUCAAAAUUAAGAGAGAUGAAUUGAUUCGCCUUUUUAUUGUUGAAGGAUUGCUAGACAAGAGGAACAGUAGGGGAGCAGAAUUUGAUCAAGGUCAUGCAGUAUUGAACAAAUUGGAAAGGGCGUGCUUAUUAGAAAGUUUUUAUGAAGGAGAAAGAACAUGUGUGAGGAUGCAUGAUUUGGUGAGACAGAUGGCACUGCAUGUUGCAAGAGAUGAAUUUAAGUGGAUGGUGAAAGCGGGAGCACAAUUGCGUGAAAUACCAGGGGAGCAAGAAUGGUCAGAGGACUUGGACAAGGUUUCUUUGAUGGAAAAUGAUAUCAAGGAAAUUUCACAGCCCUUAUCCAAUGUACGUCCUCGGCUUACAACUUUUUCAUUGCGAGGAAAUCGUAGUUUGAGUCAAGUUGUAGAUCCUUUUUUGGUGCAGAUGCCUGGUCUACGUGUUCUGGAUCUAAGCUACACCGCAAUACAACAGCUGCCUAGUUCCGUGACAAAUUUAGCAAGUCUCUCUGCAUUGCUGCUGCGAUGUUGUGAAAAACUUAGAUUUCUGCCGCCGUUGGACAAGCUCAAGAACCUCACUGAAUUGGACCUUUUUCGUGCAAAUAUCAAGGAAGUUCCCCAAGGCUUAGCAAGCUUGGUUAAUUUAAGACUCCUGGACAUGAGACCAAAGGAGAAACCAUUUAACGAACCAGCUGUAGAUAUUUUAGCUAGGCUCUCUAAUCUUCAAUACCUCUCAAUUCCUUUUGCUGUACGAGUAGAAGAUUUAAGGGGGAUGAGACAAUUAGAGGUGUUUGAUGGGGUAUUUGUUGAUGUUGCUAGCUUCAAUGGAUUUGUCAAACAUCGACAGUCUUGCGGGACGCCGAGUUUUUUUGAAAUUACCUUAGGACCAGAACAAUCUUCCAUUUCUAGUUUCAAUUCUCUUCGUUAUGACAAUAAAGUGACUCUAAGGGGCCUAGUUACCACCAGGGACAAUGUGAUUCUUCUACCACUGGACACUAAGAGGUUAGGAAUUGUCCACUGUGAUAUUCUCACCUUGGGCAAUAGCUUGUUAAAUGCUAUUCCAUCUCUGAUUCAGUCCAAAGACUUGAGAGAAAUUAAAAUUGAAAGAUGCAAAGGUAUAGAGUUCUUAAUUAGGUUAUCUAAUUGUAGCUCAAUGGGUGAAAGAAUGAUGGGAAAUCAUGAACUGACGUCUACUUGCAGCCCCUUCUCGAGUCUUGAGAGAUUGACCUUGGCUUCCUUAGAGGAAUUCAGUGGUCUUGUUAAGUUGGAGUUAGGAGAAGCUUUGCCUCCAGUUGGAACCUUUUCCCAUCUCUGCAAGCUUUAUGUUUGGGAGUGUAAUAAAAUGAAGAAGCUAAUCCCUAGGUGGUUGUUGCAAUACCUCAUAAAUCUGACGGAUAUAUUUGUAGACGGCUGCGAGGAAAUGGAAGAGAUAAUGAGUGAGGAUGAAGAAGAACAAGCAAAACAGUUAGCGAGUUCAGCCUCAUCGUCGUCUCCUUUUCCUUCAAAUGAAAGCAGAAGCAUCAAGGAUGAUGAGGUUGUUCUACCAAAGUUACAAAGUGUACAGUUAAAUUGGUUACCAAAACUGAAGAGCAUAUACAAGGGAAGAAUGACUUGUGGUUCUAUUCAACGUAUAACAGUUUGGAAUUGUCAGAAGCUGAAGAGACUUCCAUUAACUCUUCCUCUUCUAAACGGGAAGCCAUCAGCUCCUCCAGCUCUUCAAGCUAUCGAAAUGCUUAAAGAAAAAUGGGAAGCUUUGGAAUGGGACCAUCCUCAGUACAAGAAUGUCCUCCAUCCUUUUUUCAAACCCAUAUGUUUUCAGAAGCAACUUUAA